AUGUGUAACAAUCUAGAAAAUGCCUAUUGGUUUUACGAAACAGGCGUAUCAAAUAUACAGUUUCCACGAUGCUACAAUAUGUAUCAAGAACUCGUAACAUCUGUGCGCAAUGUAUUGAAAACAGUGAUUAAAUAUCGACCGCAAAAUAGAAUCGACGGUAUACGCAAUAUUUGGAUUUUAAAACCGGGCGACGAUAGUUUAGGACGCGGAAUUGUUUUGAAGAGUUCUAUGGUCGAUAUCCUCGCCAAAGUAACUCAGGCAGCAAAAGAAAAUACCGAAUAUGUUGUACAGAAAUAUAUAGAGCGACCAUUGUUAGUCCAUAAAACAAAAGUAGAUAUUAGGCAAUGGUUCCUGAUAACCAGUACACAACCUCUUGUCGUGUGGAUCUUCAAGGAUAUAUUAAUACGAUUCGCGUCGAGAGAUUUCACUCUUAGCGAUUUUCACGAAUCCAUUCACUUGUGUAAUACAACCGUGCAGCUAAAAUAUCGAAAGUUACCGAGAUGCAAUUCCGAUUUACCCGAAGAACUUCAUUGGAAUCUUCAGGAUUUCAAAAAUUAUCUCCAGUAUUUUUAUUCUACAAACUUUCCUGUAAAUCGGGCACUUCUGGCAUCUCAAGAUAACAUGGUAAAUCGUAAAAAUAGCUUUCAAUUGUACGGAGCUGAUUUCGUAGUGGCGGAUGAUUUUUCGGUAUGGCUAUUAGAAAUAAAUACAAAUCCACGAUUGCAUCCGCCAAGCAGCGAAGUCACUGCAAAACUCUACCCGGAAGUCAUAGAAGACGCGAUGAAAGUGGUCUUAGAUCUUCGUAAAAAUAAAAAAGCAUCUUGCGGAAGAUUCGAAUGUAUUUACAAGCAACGUAAUCCAUUUUAUGGCGUCAAUGUCUUGGGGCAAGGUACAAGUCUUGGCAUUCGUGGUAAAGGUUUAUUUGUGACGCCAAAAUUGCCGCGAGAUCUCUGACUCUAACACAAUUGUAACAUUUGCCGAAAUACACUUCUCCGAAAACCUAUUUCGCA